UUUUAUUUGUUUCCUCUAUUUAUCUUCUUUCUCAGUCUCCCAAUCAAUUUCAAUUGCCCAUUAUCCUCAAUUGUUUCAAUUUUUGUUGUUAAUGGAGAACGAAUUCUUCCUCAAUGCUACUGAGAUCCCUCAAUCUCUUAUGCAUUUCGACUCCAAUCCUUCCAUGGCGACCUGGCACCACUCCUUUUCGUCCGCCAUGGAUGUUCAACCUCAACAACUUCAGCUUCAUGUUCCUGAGUUCAAUAAUCACUGUUCUUCCUCUCAUCCUUCGCCUCCGGAUUGCUAUCUCAAUCCAGUUCCUCAACAGAGCUUCCAAUUCGAUUCCGCUCUGAGUUCCAUGGUUUCUUCUCCAGCGCCCUCCAAUUCCAACCCUACCAACGAUAGCUUUGUGAUCAGAGAACUGAUCGGAAAAUUAGGCGCAAAUUCCGGGAGGAGAAUCUCGGAAUUGAACUCUUCUUCUUCUUCUUCCAGUGUGGCGGAGUUUUCGUCCGAUCCUGGAUUCGCUGAGCGUGCUGCUAGGUUUUCGUGUUUUGGAAGUAGGAGCUUCAAUGGACGUCAGUUGACGAAUGAAUUCGGUAAUUUCAGAUCUAACCUCUCGAUCGCGAACGAGAAAUUGAGCCGAGUUUCGAGCAGUCCGUCGCUCAAAGCCCUCGGAUCUGAAACGAAGUUGCAAGAACAGAAGAACAAUUCCUCGUCGCAAGAAGACGAAUCGUCUCUCUCGAAUCCGGAUAAGGCGAUUUCGAAUCCACGGAAGAGAAAGGCAAUUUCGAAGGCGAAACUCAAAGAGCCGAAUGCUGAAACUCCCGAGAAGGGAAGCCCGAAGAAAAUCAAGGCAGUGGAAACGAAGGAAAACGUGAAAACAGAAGAGGAUUCGAAGAAAACCGAUGCAGAUUUAGCCGAAGAGAAGCAACAAAAAACGAACACGAAUCCUCCCGAGCCUCCAAAAGAUUACAUUCAUGUCCGAGCAAGAAGAGGCCAAGCUACUGACAGCCAUAGCCUCGCUGAAAGAGUCAGAAGAGAGAAAAUCAGUGAACGAAUGAAGCUUCUUCAAGAUCUUGUACCAGGUUGCAACAAGGUUACUGGAAAAGCUCUAAUGCUUGAUGAGAUUAUCAACUAUGUGCAGUCAUUGCAACACCAAGUUGAGUUUCUAUCCAUGAAGUUAGCAUCUGUGAAUACAACCAGAGUGGAUUUCAACAUGGAUUCUCUGAUCUUAAAACAAACGUACCAAUCAGCCACCAGUUUGCCACAUCCUAUAGAUUCCUCAGCUUCAAGCUAUUAUGGGCACCACCACCACCAAAAGCCCUCUCUCCCAGCCACCUCCAUGGACCCUCUCGACUCUGUUUCAUGUCAAAAUCUUCCAAUUCAACUCCCUCCUCUCAGUUCCUUUCCUCUAAAUCCCUCUCAGUAUCCAAACUUUGGGGAGGAGGAUGAGCUUCUAAGCAUUGUUCAUAUGGGAUUCGUCCAGAAUCAGGCCCAAGGCAAAAACUAUGAUUGCAAUCUCACAGCUUCUUCAACAUAGGCUCAGAAGACAAAA